AUGUCGUGGCGCAACCAAGGCAUCACGGGCUCUAACAACAUCCCUCUGGGGAAUCGCCGUCGGUUCGGAGGCGAUGGCAAUAGUGACUCGCAGUAUGAAAGCUCCAAGAACUCUCCAUAUGAUGGCGAUUCGGGCUCCAAGCGUGGGCGAAGUCCUGCUAGAGCUGAACCUUCGGCCGACGGCGAGAAGAGACGUAGAAAGCGCAAUCGUUGGGGUGAUGCCGCCGAAAACAAAGCAGCCGGUCUCAUGGGUCUCCCAACAAUGAUUCAGGCAAACAUGACUGCAGAACAGCUCGAAGCGUACACCCUGCACUUGCGCAUCGAAGAGAUCAGCCAGAAACUGCGCAUUAACGAUGUCGUCCCGGCGGAAGCGGAUCGGUCUCCAUCGCCUCCUCCUCAAUACGACAACUUCGGUCGACGUGUCAAUACCCGCGAGUUCCGCUACCGCAAGCGACUGGAAGACGAGCGUCAUAAAUUGAUUGAAAAGGCCAUGAAGACCAUUCCCAACUACCACCCGCCCUCUGACUACAGGCGACCCACCAAGACGCAGGAAAAGGUCUACGUGCCGGUCAACGACUAUCCCGAGAUUAACUUCAUUGGCUUACUUAUUGGACCUCGUGGCAAUACGCUCAAAAAAAUGGAGACCGAAUCUGGAGCCAAAAUCGCCAUUCGAGGCAAGGGCUCGGUUAAAGAAGGCAAGGGACGAUCUGACGCAGCUCAUACCAGCAAUCAAGAAGAAGACUUGCAUUGUCUCAUCAUGGCAGAUACCGAAGAAAAGGUCAACAAGGCGAAAGCACUCAUUCACAACGUUAUCGAAACAGCUGCGUCUAUACCUGAAGGACAAAAUGAACUCAAGCGAAAUCAGCUGCGAGAACUUGCGGCGCUCAACGGUACACUGCGUGACGAUGAGAACCAAGCCUGCCAGAACUGCGGCCAAAUCGGUCAUCGGAAGUACGACUGUCCCGAGCAGCGCAACUUCACUGCCAACAUCAUCUGUCGAGUCUGCGGCAAUGCAGGUCACAUGGCUCGAGAUUGCCCGGACAGGCAACGCGGCUCUGAUGCGCGCAACAAUAUUCCAGGCGGAUUUGGCCCGCAGCGGCGCAUUGGUGGUGGAGACGCUGUCGACCGAGAAAUGGAGAGCCUCAUGCAGGAGCUUUCCGGCAAUGCUUCUGGCAACGGGCCUGCAGGUCACAUCGAAGCUGCGCCAGCCGGCUAUGACCGGGGCGAUUCGUACGGCGGUGGCGGUGGUGGUGACUCACGACCAUGGGCACGCCAGCAACCUGGUGCGGGUGCUGGUGGUCCUGCUCCAUGGCAACGCGACCGACAGGAACGGGAUUACGGCAAUCGCGAACGCAACUACGGGCACCGGGAACGAGACUAUGGCGACCGAGAUGGUGGCUCGUCCCUCCCACCGUGGCAGCAAUCCCGUGGUGGCGAGUCGCACGGAGCGUAUGGAGCUGCCCCUGGUCAAGGUGCGGCUGCUCCGUGGCAACAGCAGCCCCCUCCCGGGCAGAACUACGGUGCCUAUGGCGGUUAUGCUGGUUACGACGCCCAAGCGGCAUACGGUGCACCUCCUGCUGGUGCACCUCCUGGGCUCAGUUCUUUCUUGCAACAGUACGGUAUGGCUGCAGGUGCUCCACCACCUCCUCCAGAUGCAGGGGCUCCCCCACCACCACCAGAUGACCAACCACCACCACCUCCAGGUAUGGGCGAUUAUGUACCUCCGCCACCCCCAUCAGCAUGA